AGUGAAGCGAAGAUGAGGGUCCUCUGCUGCAACUGCUGCGCUUCACCAACGCCUCCCCUCUCUCGCUCCAGUAUAACCCCAAAUCUCUUCAACAAUCACUCCCUCAAUUGGCCUCAGAAAACCCUAAUUGGUUCCCUAACUGGCGCUCUCUCCUUCGGUCUUCUCUUCUUUUCCCCUUCCUCUCUCGCUUUGAAUUCGCAAUCGCCCUUCUCUCAACCCCAGCCUUCUUCGCCGGAAUAUUGCCGCGAAGAGAUGCUCGAGAAGGCUCCGGAACCAGCCACCAACGAAGGAAUUGUGGAGGAAGCUUGGGAGAUCGUGAAUGAUAGCUUUCUCGACACUGGUCGUGGCCGAUGGUCUCCUAAAACUUGGCUUAGAAAGAAAGAAGAUAUUUUAGGCACUUCCAUUCAGACAAGAUCAAAAGCUCAUGAUAUCAUCCGACAGAUGCUGGCUAGCUUGGGUGACCCUUAUACACGAUUUCUUUCACCCAAUGAGUUCUCCAAGAUGGCAAGGUAUGACAUGACUGGGAUUGGAAUAAACCUUAGGGAAGUUCCAGAUGGGAAUGGAGCUGUGAAAAUGAAGGUGUUAGGGCUCAUUUUGGAUGGACCUGCCCAUUCUGCUGGUGUGAAACAGGGAGACGAAGUCUUAGCAGUUAAUGGGGUGGAUGUGAGGGGAAAAUCUGCCUUUGAAGUGUCAUCUCUGCUGCAAGGCCCCAGUGAAACUUUUGUCACCGUUACGGUCAAGCAUGGAAAUUGUGGACCGGUGCAAUCUAUUGAAGUUCAGAGGCAACUAGUUGCUCGGACCCCAGUUCUUUAUCGAUUGGAACAAAUAGAGAAUGGGGCUAUUUCUGUUGGCUAUGUGCGCCUGAAGGAGUUCAAUGCAUUGGCAAGAAAAGAUUUACUCAUAGCAAUGAGGCGACUCCAAGACUUGGGUGCAUCAUCUUUCAUUCUUGAUCUUAGAGAUAAUCUUGGUGGACUAGUUCAGGCUGGAAUUGAAAUUGCUAAGCUCUUUCUUAAUGAAGGGGAUACGAUUUAUGGGCAGGUGAUUUAUACUGUUGGAAGGGAUUAUCAGUUCCAAAAUAAUAUUACCGCAGAAACUGCACCUCUGAUUACAGCUCCUGUCAUUGUUUUGGUGAACAACAAUACUGCUAGUGCAAGUGAAAUAGUUGCCAGUGCACUCCAUGAUAACUGCAAAGCUGUUCUUGUUGGGGAAAGGACUUUCGGCAAGGGUCUAAUUCAAUCUGUAUUUGAACUGCAUGAUGGAUCUGGCGUGGUUGUUACUGUCGGGAAAUAUGUAACACCAAAUCACAUGGACAUCAACGGCAAUGGAUUAGAGCCCGACUUUCAGAAGUUUCCAGGUUUGAGCGAGGUCAAGGAGCGUCUAUCAAGAUGUCAUACACCAGGCCAAGGAUAAAAAACAGGUUCUUCGUCACUAGCAGUCAUGAUUUUGCUCACGAUUCUAGUCAGCCGGUGGUAUGAUUGGUUGGCCGGUCUCUUGGUUCUGCUACAUUUCACAGUGACAUUAGCUCAUGAUUGCCAGAAGUAAAAUACUAUGCAUACUCCAGUAUUUUUCGUACUACAUCUGACUUUAAUCUUUAGAUAAAAAUGGAUCAAGGGCCUGUGGAUUUCUCAAGAAUCACAUCAACUAACACCAAGAUCAUGGCCAUUGCCAGGGGAAGAAUCCGUUAUGCAAUUUAAGAACUCUUUCACCAUUCUAGCUUGGGAGAAGAGCCCUCUAGGAGACAGGAGAAUGCAAUAAGCAUUUUGGGAAAAUUGUGGAAGGCCCUCCUCCCUCUUGAGGUUACAUGGUGGGACAAGUCGGACCUUUUCCCGUACUCCUGCAGCUGGAAAUUCGAACUUUCUUCUGUUUGUUUUUAUGUGAGGCAGUAAUGGUUGCCUUGUGAUAUUAUUGACGAAAAAUACAUUUUCAUGGUAACUUGCUCUGGUUGAAGGAAACGAUUUUUAGAGAGGUCUGGCAUUAAUGCAAUUAGAUUGUGUGCGAAUGCAGUAUAUGUGCUGUGUAUUAUUAACUAACUUAAAU